AAUUGGAAAUUGCUUUUGGGGAGAAUUGUUGACAUUUGAUGCAAGAUUGAGGAUUCAUUUGUAAAUGAAUUCCCAUUUUCAUGUCUAAGAAAUUUGGUAAUUUCAUUAAUUAACCUAACAUCUUACGGAAAGAUUCAUAAAAACCCAAAGCCAAAACAGCCCCAGCUGAAUCUCUCUCUCUCUCUCUCCUAUUCUCCCAAAUCUCACUUUACUUCUCGUCUCUGAAAACCCAGAAAGAACCUGUGGGUUUCACUGUUGUUGAAGCAAAACUGGAGGAUCCUUCAAAAACCCUUUAUGGGUUCACCUCCAUUCUUCUCAAAAUCGCCUAAAAAUACUCUUUUUCCCAGGUUUUCAGCCAUGGAAAUGGAGACUCAUUAACGAAAGUUUCAUUCAAGGCAAUGUGGAAAAGAACGUAGAUUCCUUUGCAGUCUCCGACGAUGGUGGCUGCAUUGUCUCGUCCACCAACUCCUUCAAAGCCCACUGUUGAAGAACCACAGCAAGAAACAAAUAGUACCCAUCAAAAGCCUCCUCUCAAAGACAAUGGCUCCGGUGUUCCGAGAAAGCCCAGAGGACGGCAAGUUUCUUCAAGGUAUUUGUCUCCUUCUCCUUCAUCGUCUUCUUCCACUUCUUCUACUUCAUCGGCGGCCAAACCGACGGCAAGAUUUCCUUCGCCCCUUAUAUCUCGUUCCACUAAUACUAUGUCGACGGGGAACAAAGCGGCUGCGAGAUUCCAUUCCCCGCUUGUUUCUCGUUCAACGAAUGCUAGUACGACGUCGUCUUCGCUUCCUAAACGGUCUCAAUCCGUCGACCGGAGGCGGCCGGGGAGUCAAUUGCCGCCAGGAAAUAACAAUGCUAAUGGCUCCACGGAAUUGUCAGCUGCUACCAAGAUGUUGAUUACUUCAACGCGAAGUUUGUCGGUUUCGUUUCAAGGCGAGUCCUAUUCGCUUCCGAUCAGUAAGGCUAAGGCUCAAGUGGGUUCUACUCUGAUAAGGAAAGCAACACCCGAAAGGCGUAGAGCUACUCCGGUGAGAGAUCACGGGGAGAACUCGAAGCCUGCGGAUCAGCAACUCUGGCCGGCCAGAAACCGGAAAGGGAAUUCCGGUCCGGGUUCGGGUUCAAACCUGUUGUCUAGGAGCUUUGAUUAUAGUGGUGAAAGGAAGGAUUUUGGAUCUGGGGCAGUGCUGGCUAAGUCACUGCAACAAUCAAUGAUGUUUGAUGAGAGUAGCAGAAGGGUUUCUUUUGAUGGUGGUAGUAGAUUGAGUUUAGAUUUGGGUAGCUCCGAGUUGUUAAAAGAAGCUAAUAAGCUAAACCCAGAUUCCAAUUCUUUAAUUGAGACUUCUAAUGAACUCACUGCAUCUGAUACAGAUAGUAUAUCAUCUGGGAGCACCAAUUCUGGAACUGGAAGAAGUGGGAAUUUGAAAGGGAAGAAUGGACCCCGUAAUAUUGUUGUGUCUGCAAGGUUUUGGCAGGAAACUAAUAGCAGGUUGAGGCGGUUGCAGGACCCGGGUUCACCUUUGUCUUCGAGCCCAGGGUCUAGAAUUGGUUCACCAGCUAAGUUUAGUCAACCAAGAAGGGUUUCUUGUGACAGUGCAGUGGCUUCUCCUAUUAGGUGUAGUAUAAGACCUGCUUCUCCUAGUAAGCUUUGGACAUCUUCGGCUUCGACUCUGACUCCGUCGAGGGGACUAAGUCCUGGUCGAGUUAGAAAUGCAGUUAGUGGUAAAGAGAUGAUUAGUAAUGCUGUUAAUACCCCUUCGAUUCUUAGCUUUUCCGUUGAUAUUCGGAGAGGGAAGAAGGGAGAGGAUCGAAUUGUUGAUGCUCAUACAUUGAGGCUUUUUUAUAACGGUUACUUGCAAUGGAGAUUUGCAAAUGCAAGGGCGGAUGCAGCUUUCAUUGUGCAAAAACUGAGUGCUGAGAAAAAUCUGUGGAAUGCAUGGGUAACAACUUCGGAACUGCGGCAUUCUGUGACCCUGAAGAGAAUAAAGUUGCUACUGCUGAGGCAAAAGUUGAAAUUAACUUCCAUCUUGAAAAGACAAAUAGCUCAUUUAGAAGCAUGGUCCCUCCUCGAGAGAGACCACUCUAGCUCUUUGCUAGGAGCAACUGAAGCUUUAAAGGCUAGUACUCUUCGACUUCCAAUUGUUGGAAAAGCAACAGCUGAUAUCCAAAAUCUGAAGGAUGCAAUCAGUUCAGCAGUUGAGAUGAUGCAGGCAAUGGCAUCUUCAAUAUGCUCACUGUUGUCAAAGGUGGAGGAAAUGAAUUCUUUGGUAGCAGAACUUGCGAGCUUGGCUGCAAAGGAAACUGUUUUGCUUGAACAUUGUAAGGAUUUUUUGUCUGCAUUAGCAGCCAUUCAGGUUAAGGACUGUAGCUUGAGGUCACAUAUAAUACAACUAAAGUGUGUACCUGCGACCAACAACCUGACCACACUUGUGUAGAACUGAUCUUAUUUGACAACUCACCCUAAACGCUAACAUUACCCCCAAGCUUAUGUUUCUUACAGUAGGCAGAGGCGGCACCGGACAAAAUCACGGCAGACUGAAUAUAUCUAGGUUUGGCUUCUCUCAUUUUAGCAGUUCUAGAACCAGUUGUUGUCUUUCAUGAUCAAGUGGCUUAUCCUCUCAACUGAUUUCUCAUUUCUGUAUACAAGAACCCCAUGAUUUUUUGGUUUUUUUUCCCACUUUUUAGGUAAAAGAAAGCAUUGUAUAUAUAUGUAAGUUCAUCUGAUAACCUAUUAUUAUGUAUUUCUUGAUCUACACUGAUUAAUCAUCUAAGAAUGAUCUUGUUGAUGCCUGUUAAAUCA